UCAUGUUAUGGAAAUGAAUAGAUUAACCAUUUCACUAAUAUCUACAUAGAAAGAAAGAUAACUCCUCAAUAUGAGGUUCUCGUAACUUUUCGCACGGCCCCUUUUGGGGUCCUUAUAUUACGCAUGCGCAGUAGUGUAUCGACAUUUCUCAGCUUCAACCUGGAAAAAAUUCAAUGCAUUGUUCAUCACGACUGACUUAAUCGCUCGAUUAAUCAUCGUUGGAUAGUAAUCGGGUAAUCUUGUGUAAUUCAAUCAAUUGUCCAAGUUGCGGUACGUAUUCACUUCCAUUUAUUUUUUUAAAGGGUUUUAAAACUUUGCAAUACAAGAUAAUUUUCUUAUUUCGUCUGCUUCUCUCUUUAAGGCGGCCAUGAUUGUUACAUAAGAUAGUCAUUACGAUGUAGGUUUAUUUCAAGUCAAAUUGCGGGCCAUCAAUGGAUAUAACUUGGUUAAUAAAAAGUUUAGUCAUCAUCAUUAAAAUAUAAUAUUCCAUUGUAAAAUUUUAAUUUACAAUAAAUUUUGAAAUAGUCGAAUUCAAGUAGGCCUUAACGGGCCUACAUAGCUAGUGCUGACCUAGGACUACGGUUGGAUAUAUAGUAUAUACUAGUAUCAUAUAGCAUAAAUACGUAACGUUAACAGAUACAAUAAAUUUAUUGUUUACUUACGGUAUAACUUUAUAGCCAUAUUAUAACGUUUAUGAUACAUUAAUUUUCAUUGAUAUUUCUUUAAAACUUUGUAUCUAAGUUACUCAGCUUUGCUAACUUCCUAGAAAAUGUUGAGGUCUAAAAGAAAGAGCAAGUCACCGUACGCCAGGCCAAAUGCACAUCCGGCUCUCAGGGCCCUUAAUCCGGCAACCACAGCCACCCAAACCCAAGCAGGCCCGAGCAGGCCCACGCAGGCAGCGGUCCAGUUUGUGUCCACUCAACCUCAAAAUCAAGAGCAUCAGCUACCAGUCGAUGAUCCCACAACCAGUGAGCAGACUGCAGUACCGCUACCUUCCAUAGCGCCAUCAAUCCCUCUGUCAACUUCAGGUCCCAACACCACGGUCUGGAUCAUUGGUUCGUCAAUUAUCAAACAUGCAUCCCAUCACGCUGUCCAACAAUUUGGAAACUUACAUCUAGACCUUCAGAAACAUAAUAUCACAGUAUAUUGGCAUGGAAAGAGUGGUAUGGUCUGGGAGGAUGUAGAGCCCACAAUUACAAAUAUCAUUGAACAAAGAGGCCACCCAGAUUGGGUAAUGUUACAUUGCGGGGGCAAUAGUAUUGGGACCAUGCCCUUGCUAAGACUGCAAAAAUUCAUGAAAUUAAUCGUUGUUAACCUACAAACAAUUCUGCCGAAUACAAGAUUCAUAUGGUCCCAGAUACUCCCACGAAAUUACUACAGACAUAUGUUAUCAAAUAUUGCCGGUGAGACCGCUCGAAAAAGAAUUAACAAAUCAUUAGCCCCAUUUAUUGUCAAGCGUAAGGGCGCCUGCUUAAAGUACCCUGAUCUACAACAAUGUUCACCAAAAUAUUACCGUGAUGGUGUACAUUUGUCUGAUACUGCUCAGAAUACAUUUUUGAAAACCAUACGUGCUGGCCUCCUAAACAUACUACAUAAUAAUGUUAAAGUUUAUGCUAAAUCCCACGCCGAGUAAUUCCGCAGUCUUAUUGUCAUGGCAUUGUGCAACAUUUUGACCGCUUGUG